CUUCAGCCCCUGUCCACUCUUGGAGCUCGCGUUUUCUUCCGCCGGCUCUAGAGGUCCUCCUACUAUGUGGUGGGGUGACGGCCAGGCUACCUUUCUGAGGCAAUGAGUGAACUUAUACCAAAUGCUAUCAUGAUUUGCUUUCCUAAAUGCCAUGCGAGGGGCGAGUGGGACUGAGGCCCCAUGCUCCUAGAGCACAACAAUGUUUGUAUACAAACUUUGGACCCAGAUGCCCAGCCCGCAGUUGUGAACACCUAAAGAGUAUGGCGCCCAACGGAGUUCUCAGCAUCUACUGAGGAUCGGAGACUUACUGGAAGAAAAGCCCUUAUUCCUACGCAAACCGGAGCAGAGCUCAAUCCUGGAAGAGAGAGAGCGCCUCACGGGCUUUGCCCUCAAGCAUUUCUCGUCGAUCUUAAUGGCCUUUUUACAGCAAUCAUAGUAAUUUAACACAAUGAUGUUUUCUUAGAACCAUCCCAUAGCUUCUCUUGGACGCUGAACACAGGUCCACGUAUGUCAUUCAAGAUCUUGCAGACCCUCUCACCUGCCUUCCAUUCCAGCAUCUGGAUCAUGGAGGCUAGUAAUGAUUGUGGUGGCGGUGCAGGUAUGAUUGGAGUGAAGCCUCACUAGCCAUAAGAAAAUAUUUGCAGUUCCCUAACUGACCUGGACAUUCCAUGUGUGCCUGGAACACUGUCUCCCCACCAGUCCUGGUAGGGACCAUGUCCCCCGCCAUUGCCCUGGCCUUCCUGCCCCUGGUGGUGACAUUGCUGGUGCGGUACCGGCACUACUUCCGACUGCUGGUGCGUAUGGUCUUGCUGCGGAGCCUCCGAGAUUGCCUUUCAGGGCUGCAGAUUGAGGAGCGGGCCUUCAGCUAUGUGCUCACCCAUGCCCUGCCUGGGGACCCCAGUCACAUCCUCACCACCCUGGACCACUGGAGCAGCCACUGCGAGUACCUGGGCCACAUGGGGCCUGUCAAAGGUCAGAUCCUGAUGCGGCUGGUGGAGGAGAGGGCCCCUGCUUCCGUGCUAGAGCUGGGCACCCACUGCGGGUACUCUACAUUGCUUAUUGCCUGUGCCCUGCCGCCCGGGGGCCACCUUCUCACCGUGGAGUGGGACCCACGCAUGGCAGUAGUGGCUGAAAAACUCAUCCGCCUGGCUGGCUUCGACGAGCGCACGGUGGAGCUCAUUGUGAGUAGCUCAGAGGAGGUUAUCCCACGCCUACGAACCCAGUACCUGCUGAACCGGGCAGAUAUGGUGCUCCUGGCACACCGGCCCCGAUGUUACCUGCGAGACCUGCAGCUGCUGGAGGCCCAUGCCCUGCUGCCAGCUGGUGCAACUGUGUUGGCUGACCACGUGCUCUUCCCGGGUGCACCUCGCUUCCUGCAGUAUGCCAAGAACUGUGGCCGCUACCGCUGCCGCCUCCACCACACUGGCCUCCCAGACUUCCCUGCUAUAAAGGACGGCAUAGCCCAGCUCACCUAUACAGGGCCUAGCUAAGGUCCGGGCCCAGGGGUACUUACUGCUGCCCCUCCACCCCCACCCAAGCAAGGACCGCAGAACAUCCCCUCCCCUCCCCGAUUGUGGCCUGACACGUGCUGGGCUCAGGGUGGUGGGAGGUUGUCCUCCCACCUGUGGCCUCCCAUCCUGUUCCACACUGAUUCAGGCAUCAAGUUCUGUCAGACUGCUUGGUCCCACUGGCCCCUCUCCUUCCAGAGCAAGUCACAGAUUAAGAGGCAAGAGUCUUAAGCUCCCAACCCAACUCUAUCACUGAUUUUCUGGAUGAAUCCAAAGGAGUCCCUGUGUUGCUCUGAGAUUUAAUCUGCUUUCUUAACACCAAGGAUGCUGGCUGGAAGAGUUCCAGGGGCCUUCCAGCUCUGGGCCUCAGAAAGCCAGCCCUCCCCAGCCCAUGCAGUUCCAGGUGGGGUCAGAGGAAACAGAGAGGCUCUGAAGGAAUGUAUGAAUAUAAUCUGGGCCAGAGAAAAUGGUAAUGGAGCCUGGGGCCAGGGCC